CGUGAGUGCGCAUGCGCAGUGCUUGACAUUUUGAAGUUGCUUUGAACAGGAAGGCGGACAUGUUGGUCGGGCUGUGGGAGAAAAUCGGGCAUCGUCCGCUGUUUUUUUCCUUCACAAAACCUACACACGUUUAAAAGUUGAUGGAUGUGCCUUCGAAGCCGGAGACGGAGCACCGCAGACGGGAGACAGUCGAGAGUCAACGACAACGCACGGGGUGCAGCGGGAGGACAGCCGUUAGGCGGUGAAACGAGACCGUGUUUUAAACUCAUCGAAAUUUGGAAGAAGCAGAAGUUUUUUUUUUCCCCACCACUUCUACUUUUGAGCUGUCAGAAUCUAUUGUCGUUUUUUUUUUCUUUCUUUCUGCAAGGCCCCCGGACAGAAAUACGGGACCGGGCCUGGACCGACCCUCCCGCAAACUUUGCUUUUUGUUCUUCUAAUCGGCAAAACGGGCUAACUUUGAAUUGCCUUUUGUUCGGAUGCACCCACAUUUUAAGCCCUUAUCCUCAGCGGCGUCCUGCGGAGGCUGACUAAUCUGUCGCCGCAUUUAUCUGUUGCCACUGAAGUUGUCUGCCACUUCAACACUGGAAUAAAACAAAAAACCCUCCCUUGGACUCCGAGAAUGUGGCUUUUGUACAUUCAGCGCAAUCUUAAACGUUUCAUCGUCUGUGAAAGCUCGAGGAGAACGAUGUAUUUUCUUUAAAAGUGCGGCGCGCGCGGUUCACGCUAAGAAAGGAACAUUCGGCUAGCUAGCUAGCUACUGCUGGCUGCUAAAGCUAGCUAGCCAGCCUUCUAACCUCGCCAGUGGGCUGUUUUUGUUCGUGGGCCGACCGUAGCAGCAAACAUGUCCGCCGGGGAAAGUAUGGCGGCUCGGUUUGAAAAGAUCGAUGCCAUGUUGAAGGACCCGAAGUCAGAAGUAAACACGGAUUGUCUUCUGGAUGGCUUGGACGCGCUGGUGUACGACCUCGACUUCCCCGCCCUGAGGAAAAACAAGAGCAUUGACAACUUUUUGAGUAGAUACAAGGAAACCAUUAGUAAAAUUCGUGAUCUACGCAUGAAAGCGGUUGACUAUGAGGUGGUUAAAGUUAUUGGGAGGGGAGCAUUUGGAGAGGUGCAAUUGGUAAGGCACAAAGCCACGUGCAAGGUGUACGCCAUGAAGCUGCUCAGCAAGUUUGAGAUGAUCAAGAGGUCGGACUCUGCUUUCUUUUGGGAGGAGAGGGACAUCAUGGCUUUUGCCAACAGCUCGUGGGUGGUGCAGCUCUUUUUUGCAUUCCAAGAUGACCGCUACCUCUACAUGGUGAUGGAAUACAUGCCGGGUGGCGACUUGGUGAACCUGAUGAGCAACUACGACGUCCCGGAGAAGUGGGCCCGUUUUUACACCGCUGAGGUGGUGCUGGCUUUGGACGGGAUCCACUCCAUGGGCUUCAUUCACAGGGACGUGAAGCCUGAUAACAUGCUGCUGGAUAAAGCAGGCCAUUUAAAACUGGCAGACUUUGGGACCUGCAUGAAAAUGAACAAGGACGGUAUGGUACGAUGUGACACCGCAGUGGGAACUCCAGACUACAUUUCGCCCGAGGUACUGAAAUCCCAAGGAGGAGAUGGCUAUUACGGCAGAGAGUGUGACUGGUGGUCAGUGGGAGUCUUCCUGUACGAAAUGCUAGUUGGCGACACUCCCUUCUAUGCAGACUCCCUGGUGGGGACCUACAGCAAAAUUAUGAACCACAAGAAUGCCCUGAACUUCCCCGACGACAGCGACAUCUCCAACGAUGCCAAGAAUCUCAUCUGUGCUUUCCUCACUGACAGGGAAGUUCGACUUGGCCGCAAUGGUUUCGACGAGAUCAAGAGGCAUCCCUUCUUCAAGAACGACCAGUGGACAUGGGAGAACAUCCGAGACACGGCCGCCCCCGUCGUGCCUGAACUGAGCAGCGACGUCGACACCAGUAACUUCGAUGACAUCGAGGAGGAUCGGGGAGAGGAGGAGACCUUCCCCAUACCGAAGGCCUUUGUGGGCAACCAGCUCCCCUUCGUCGGCUUCACUUACUACAGCAGUCAGCACCAGUUGCGCAGCUCUAGCGCCCCCACAAAGACCAGCGAGAAGCGUAGCAGCACCACAAAGGAAGACAAGAGCCAUCUGGAGAACCUGCAGAAAAGGAUUUACCAUCUGGAGGAGCAGCUCCACAGUGAGAUGCAGCUGAAGGAUGAGUUGGAGCAGAAAUGCAGGACAUCAAACAACAAGAUGGACAAGAUCAUAAAGGAACUCGAUGAAGAGGCGAACCUGAGGAAAAGUGCGGAGAGCGGCAUGUCUCAGCUGGAGAAGGACAAGAUCGUGCUGCAGCACAGAUUCACGGAGUACCAAAGAAAAGCUGACCAGGAUGCAGAGAAGAGGCGCAACCUGGAGAAUGAGGUGUCGAGUUUAAAGGAGCAACUUGACGACAUGAAGAAGAUCAGCCAGAACUCUCAGGCCUCAAAUGACAAGAUGCUCCAGCUGCAGAAUCAGAUGGAAGAGGCCAACGACCUUCUACGAGCCGAGUCGGACACGGCGGCGAGGCUGAGGAAGAGCCACACCGAGAUGGCAAAGUCCAUGAGCCAGCUGGAGAGCUUGAACCGCGAGCUGCAGGAGAGAAGCCGGGCGGCGGACAGCGAGAAGGCCCAGCUGGAGAAGGAGCUCCUGCUCCUGCAGAGUUCCCUGGACUCAGAGAGGAGGAACUACAGCCUGGGCUCCGAGGAGAUCAGGGAGCUGCAAGCCAGGAUGGCCGGCUUGCAAGAGGACAACAAAAGCUUGAAGCUCAGCCUGUCCAAGGUGGAGUCGGAGCGCAAACAGGCUCAGGAGAGGAGCAACAACCAGGAGAAGGAGAAGAACAACUUGGAGAUAGACCUGAACUACAAGCUGAAGACGCUGCAGCAGCGUCUGGAGCAGGAGCAGACGGAGCACCGGGUGACGCGGGCACAGCUCACCGACAAAUACGAGUCGAUCGAAGAAGCCAAAUCGGUUGCCACGAAUGCUGUUCAGCAGAAGAUGUCCGAGGAGAACGUCGCGAGGAUGCGAGCGGAGAGCCGGGUCGUGGAGGUCGAGAAGCAGUGCUCGAUGUUGGAGUUUGAUCUCAAGCAGUCUGUGCAGAAGAUGGAGCAGCUGAUGAAGCAAAAAGAGAGGCUGGAAGAUGAGGUGAAGAAUCUGCAGCUUCAGGGAGAACAGGAGUCAAGCAAGCGCGUCCAGGCUCAGAACGAACUGAAGAGCCGCAUGCAGGAGGUGGACCGUCUCAGGUGUUCAGAGAAGCAGCUCAAGCAGGAGAUCAACGCGGCGCUGGAGAGCAAGCGCUCGCUGGAGUUCCAGCUGGCGCAGCUGACCAAGCAAUACAGAGGCAACGAGGGACAGAUGAGGGAACUUCAGGACCAGCUUGAGGCCGAACAGUAUUUUUCUACGCUUUACAAAACUCAGGUCAAGGAACUUAAAGAGGAGAUUGAGGAAAGGAACCGGCAGGUACAGGAGACUCAUAAAAAGGUGCAGGAGUUGUGCAGUGAAAGGGACUCCCUGUCCGCCCAGCUGGAUCUGACGGUGACCAAGGCUGAGUCGGAGCAGCUGGCCCGAGCCCUGCAGGAGGAGCAGUACUUUGAGCUCAGCCAGGAGAACAAGAAGGCAAUAAGUAGACAUAAGCAGGACAUCGGGGAAAAGGAGGCCACUAUUGCUCGGCUUGAGGAAUCCAAUAAUACUCUGACCAAAGAUGUGGAGAACCUCACCAGAGAGAAGACUGACUUGAGCGAGAAGUUCAGUACUCAGGAGCAAGAGUAUGCUGCUCAGAAGGAGGAGAUUUCCAACACAAUCAAGUCCAACUAUGAGAAGAUCCUCAACACAGAGCGCACACUGAAGACUCAGGCGGUGAACAAGCUGGCAGAGAUUAUGAACCGAAAGGACAUGAAGCUGGACCAGAAGAAGAAGGGCAGUACCGCCGACCUGCGGAAGAAGGAGAAGGAGAACCGCAAGCUCCAGCUGGAACUCAAUCAGGAGAAAGAGAAGUUCAACCACAUGGCCAUCAAGACCCAGAAGGAGUUGAGCGAGAUGCAGGCGCAACUGUCGGAGGAAUCCACGUAUCGCAACGAGCUGCAAAUGCAGCUGGACAGCAAGGAGAGCGACAUCGAGCAGCUUCGGGAGAAACUGAACGACCUGCAGCUGCGCAUGGACACCUCGAGCGUCACCAGCCUGCAGACAGACGAGACCGACAGCAACAUCGCAGAAUCCAGACUGGAGGGUUGGCUGUCGAUUCCCAACCGAGCGAAUAUCAAGCGAUACGGAUGGAAGAAGCAGUAUGUGGUGGUGAGCAGCAAGAAGAUUCUGUUCUACAACAAUGAGGAGGAUAAGGAACUGUCCAACCCCUCGAUGGUACUAGAUAUCGACAAACUGUUUCACGUGAGACCAGUCACACAAGGAGACGUGUACCGGGCCGAGACAGAAGAGAUUCCAAGGAUAUUCCAGAUCCUUUACGCCAACGAGGGCGAGUGCAGGAAGGAGACGGACAUGGAGGCUGUCCCUCAGGGCGACAAGACCAACUGUCUCCCGCACAAAGGCCACGAGUUCAUCCCCACGCUGUACCACUUCCCUUCAAACUGUGACGCCUGCGCCAAGCCGCUGUGGAACGUCUUCAAGCCGCCGCCGGCCCUGGAGUGCCGCCGCUGCCACGUCAAGUGCCACAAGGACCACCUGGACAAAAAGGAGGACCUUAUUACUCCUUGCAAAGUAAACUACGACGUGACCUCCGCCCGGGACAUGCUCCUGCUGGCUCUGACCCAGGAUGAGCAGAAGAAAUGGAUCGGCCACCUCGGAAAGAAGAUUCCCAAGACCCCACCAUCCACAUUCUUACGGGCCUCGCCUCGCUCCAUGUCCACGCGCUCCGGACCAAACCAGUCCUUCCGCAAGAACCCUAAAGGCAAUACCACGAAGCUGAGCUAACCAUCUGAACCGUUUGGAUUUUUUUCUGGACUCUAAACUUUCCCUGCUUCCUCAUCCUCAAAAAAAACAACAACAGAGAAACCUGUAUUACAUAGAAAAUUCAUCAAAAAGAGAGAAUAUAUGAAUAAAUAUCCAGCGCAACACACAUCAGACACGAGGCGUCGGGGACGGACAGAGGCCUCGCACCCGGCUCCGGUGUCCACAUUCAAGAGACGACCAUCUUUCAACUCAACAAACCUGCAGCUGUCCUUUUUCUACCACAAGAGGGCCCCCCUCGUCUUGGACUUAAGAUGGACAGUGGCGAAAGAGAGACUCAUGUCAUGGAGACCUUCUGUGUUUCAUACUAUAUGGCAGUUAUGAUGGAAGUGGGAAGGUGAACGGGGGUUUUGCUGGGACUAAGUAAGUCUUCAGUUUUAAGGUACUGUCAUACAGGGAUUGCAGAUCUGCAGUGACUCGGGUGGAAAAUGAAUAUCUUAUGUUGUCAUUCCAUCUCCCCCCCCCCCCCCCCCUCCGUCUGACAGAUACUGAAGCUAAAUGCAAGCAAGCUUCUGUUUCCGGCAAUAGAAAAUGACGGAUGCCUUUGUCUAGGCCUUUUUGCCUUUAUUCUUAUCUUUCUGCAAGUCACUUCAAGUCAGGUUUGGGACAGAGAGUUGGGACAUAAGUAUUAGAUGUAUUGAGUGUUCAGCAUGCAGGAUCAUCAUUUAAAUCUAUGCAUUAUUUUUAUUAUAAUUAUUUUUAUUGCUCCAAGCCAUAAGGAAUUUUCCAUUGUAAUGGCAUAUAGGGGUCCUAAAACUUUUUUCUGUUUAUUUGGUACAUUUUUUUUUUUUGUAAUGUAUUGCCUUACAUUGAUUCAUAGAUACAUGGUUCAAAAGGAAAACAUUAAGUUAACAAAUGUAAAACUGCACUGUUUGAAUUGUAAAUUAUUUGUAGACUAAGCAGGUGUAGCAUUUGGCCCACCUAGUGCCUUAACGUUUGGGAAAUGAUUUUACUGCCAUAUCUCAUUAUCUGUCCUCCAAAACAAGAAAAAUCGUAACUCUUCCACCACUUAUUUUUUUUAAACCGCCAUGCAUCUCUGGUUUUAUCUGAACUUCUUUUUUCUGGAUUCAGUAUAUAAAAUAUAUAUAUAUUAGAUUACAUCUUUACGGACACAUUGCAAGUUAUUGUGACAAAAAGUCCCCAAAAACUCUGUUCAUAUCAUAAGACAAAUUUCAGGAUGGUGUACCUAAAGGGAGAGAACCAGCGUCAGUUGAUGCCUGGUUAACAAUUGAGUUGUUUCUCUGACACGGUGAUGUCCCAGUAAUGCAACCCCCCCCUCCCCCCUCCCCCACAGUGUAUAUAAUGAGAGCGACAUAAGGAUUAAGGAAUACCGCCGCAAUCUUUUUAUUUGUAACAUUUUGUUCAGUUAAAAAAAAAAGCACUGGAACUAUGAUCUACUCUUGUCUUGGAUAAUUUGCAUGGUUUAUUGCAUUUGAGUCCGCACUGAUGGAUAUGUCAAUAAACAUAUCUUUAU